AUGUGGUCAGUAGUGCAGUAUCGACAAAUCGGCAAGCACGUGGAAAGGGAUUGGCAUAGGCAGAGGCACCAAGGAGGCGACCCGUACGGAAACAGUAAGCUCCUGGAGGCUGGAGCCGGAUCGGGAUUGAGGAAUGUCGAAUCCAUCGCACAACACACAUCUGAAGAGUCAAGCACCGAGAACGAGACCGACGGCUCGCCAACAAGUCUUGAGAAGCACGGCUCCCCCGAGCCCGAGCGCAACGGCAUCGAUGGCAGUAAGGGUACAAAUGAGAAGAUUGUGGUUCAGCUCCAGGGGGACGCCGACCCUCUUGACCCGCGCAACUGGUCUUUGGCUGCCCGGUGCAAGAACAUCGCCAUCCUAUCAUUCCUCAUCUUCUCCCAGGGAUGGGCCAGCGGUGCUGACUCGAUGGCCAACACGCGCAUGAGCGAGGCCUACGGCGUCAGCAAGACGGCCAGCAAUCUAUCGCAAGCAACGUUCCUCUUUGGCAUCGGCUCCGGAUGUCUCUUCUGCGGACCCCUCUCAGAGACGAUCGGCCGCAAUCCAGUCUACCUCGGGAGCACGUUCUGCUAUCUGUGCUUUGUGCUCGGCUGCGCAUUCACCCCCAACCUAGGCUCCCGCAUUGUAUGCCGGUACUUUGUCGGCCUGUUCGCCAGCGCUGCGCUGGGCAUCAACGGCGCCAGUGUAAGCGACCAGUUCCGACCCGUCAAGCGCGCGUUCGCCUUCCCGAUCAUUGCAUGGGCGAACGUCGCGGCACCAAUGCUAGCCCCCGUCGCAGGGGGCUGGCUCGUCCAGGAUCCCCACCGAAGCUGGCACUGGGCCGACUGGGUGACGCUCAUGAUUUCCGGAGCUGCGUUUCUCGUGGCCCUGCUCUUCCUUCCCGAGACGUACCUGCCCGUUCUGCUGGACUGGAGGGCGAAAAACCUUCGUCGUGUCACAGAGGCGUCCAGCGCUCGAUACACGUACGUGUCCGAGCAUGCGGAGAAGGCACCCCUCGCGCAGCGCCUGCGACACACACUCCCCAUGCCGGUCGUGUACUUCAAGAACGAACCCGUCGUGGCCGUGCUCGGCAGCUACCUCAUCCUGAUCUACAUCCUGCUGUUCAGCUUCCUGUCGGGCUUCGACUACAUCUUCACGCAGACGUACGGCCUCUCGCAUGGGCAGACGGGCUCGUGCUUCGCCUCCAUCGCCGCAGGGUCUACGGUAUUUACGCUCUCCGCGCCGCUCCUGUUCCGCUGGUCACGCGACAAGACGGACCACGUCCGCCACGCGCCCGUCAAGCCGGAGUACAGACUGUGGCCAGCGAUCGUCACCUCGCCGCUGCUGCCCAUCUCCUUGUUCUGGCUGGGCUGGACGGACUACGCGAGCCUCCCGAUCUGGUCCGGUCUCGCGGCAUGUUUCUGUUUUGGAGUGGUGGCCACGGCUUUCUACGUCAGCAGCUACGAGUACAUCGUCGACAGCUAUACGGAACACAGUGCCGUGGCGCUCGCCAGCAUCACCAUGGCGCGGUACCUGAUCGCGGGCACCAUGGUCGUGGCCGCCCGGCCUAUGUAUGAAGGCAUCGGGGUGCACUGGACGAUGACGCUGCUGGGGUGUCUUGCUUUGCCACUGGCCCCUGCGCCGCUCUUGCUCAAAUGGUAUGGGGAGAAGUUGAGGGCAAAGAGUCCCCUGGCUGAGAGUCCAUGA